GACGUAUAAUGGGCUUGGUUGUAAGCAAUAAGUGGUUAUUAAUACACAAAAAAGAGCGUACAUAUUUACGGUACAUUACUGUAAAACGUACGAGUAUGAUUUGGGCAUUUAAAGUAACAUUAGUACCGAUUUAUUUCAAUGAAAAGUUAAGAACCUGUAACCAAACCUUUGUUUAUGAAGGAAGCAGAAAACGGUGCAACGUCAGAUUCAAACGACAGUACUUUGCCCCUAAAGAGUAAUGCAGGACGAACAUUCAGAGAUGGCGUUCGUAAAAUUGAUCUGAUCCUAGUCGUGAAAGAUGAGGAAAACAUCAUAAGUGACAUCAUGAAAAAUAAUUUUCUCACCAACAUUGUUAAAACUGGAUUUGAAAUUGAAUUUGAAAAUGGUGUAUUGCCAAUUCACAGGAAGCUAGUAUUUUUUAAAGUACAUUGCCCGAAUGAUGUUCUCAAUAAUCUGGGAAAAGCUUUUGGGGUGAAAUGCGUUCAGAGUGCUCGAUCCGAACACAUAAUGUCACACAAAGAACGCCAGUGGAUAAAUUUAAUAAGAAAAGAGUACUCUCAACCAUUACAAUACUCGAGCUUGGAGAGAAGCCUCGUAGUUUAUAUGGCAUUGCUGAACGUUCCAUUUGGAGACAGACAAAACUAUAUAGGGCUGGAAAGGCUAAUGAAACGCAAUAUUGUGGUAGAUGCAUACGCGUUGCAUGACGGACCGUACUACAUUCCACAAGACGUUUCAAGAAUUAAUGCUCGUCAGAUCCUGUUUUAUAAUUGGGCCGGUAUGACCAAUAUGUUUACCAGACAGCCAUUAACCUUGGUGCAUGAAUACUUCGGACUCAAGGUUGCCCUGUACUUCGCUUAUUACGGACUUUACAAUCUAUUUCUAGCAAUUGCGUCUAUAGUAGCUCUUUUAACAUUCUUCUUAGCUAUAUAUUGUAAUGACAACUACAUGAAUUUGAGAGCACCCGUAUGUGACAACGACAAAGAAUAUAUUUGCUUUAGGUGCUUUGAUGUAUCGCCGACGAUAUUAGCUUGUCCCUUAUACUAUAUGUCUUAUUUUUGUAAAUGGUAUACAAUGACUGUCAUAUUCGAUAAUAAGUAUACACCGUACUUCGCAACAUUCAUCCUUCUGUGGGGUAUGUUUUUCUCUGCUUACUGGAUGGGAAAUGAAAAAUAUUUGAACUGGAUAUGGGAGGCGCAUAAUAAGGACUACAAUAGUAAACAAAUACGGUAUCAAUAUGUAUAAAAGUAUUAUAUAAAAAUACUAGCUGUUGCCCACGACUUCGCCCGUGUGGAGUUGUAAAAAUUCAAAAUCUACGUUCGCCCCUUUUUUAAAUUAUUACCUAAAGUAUUGACUUAGUAGUAAUCAACGUAAUAACAGAAAUCUGCUGAUGCCAGAUUCCAAAUUUGUAAUAUUCUAGAUUGCGAGCUGAUUUUCGGUUACCGUUAUUGUUUAUGUUCGCGAUAUCUUCUAAACCUAUUAGUCCAAUUUAGUUACUGUGAAGGACAAUUUUAUUCUAUAUAGACAAUACAAACCUAUGUUUACAUUUUACACUGAUUCUAUUCACGAACGUUACAACAACGUUUAAAAAAAACUUAACUAGUAAGACGUGUGCAUUUGUCAAA